AUGGCGAGCCUCGCACGUGGCUCGGGACGCCUCGCUCUGACCCUGGAGCACGCCGCCACCAAGUUCUUCGCCGCCAAAGCCUCCAGGCAGCUUUCCCAGGCUGCGACCAAGUGCAAGAUUCUCGAGGGCAGCAACGGCGAGCGAAUUUUCACCUCGCCCCACGCCAACGUCCAAAUUCCCCCGGAAACGAUCCCCCAGUUCGUCUGGAAAAAUGUUCACUCCAAUUCGAACAAGGUCGCACUCGAAUGUGGAAUCACAGGAAGAAAGUAUACGUACGCUCAAUCUCGUGACGCUGCCAAUUACGUUGCGAGAAGUUUGCACAGUUUGGGUCUCCAGGAAGGCGACAUUGUUGCUCUAAUAUCGCCCAAUGCUCCGGAAAGUGCGAUAGCUUUUUUGGGUGUUCUGGAAGCAGGGAUGGCCGUCACGACUAUAAAUCCUUCUUACACAGUCGAGGAGAUGAAGAAGCAAUUGACAGAUUCGAGGGCCAAGGCGGUUAUAACGUCGGCGGAAAUAGCUCGCGGGGUGCUCAUAGCAGCCGAAAGUGCGUUGCCUUCGGACGCGCAUAAGAUUGUGAUCGAGGAUGGAACGUGUGAAAUUCCGGAAGGAACAAUACCAUUCAAGGAUUUGGUGACUCGAGGCAGGACAUUGCCGAAGCUCGCCGAGGAGAACUGGAGCCCUGAUAACCUCGCCGUUUUGCCGUACUCGAGCGGAACGACCGGCCUGCCGAAAGGGGUCGAGCUUACGCACAGAAAUCUCGUGGCCGAUAUGGUCAUGGUCGACAAGAGUUUGGAAAUGAGCACAGCAGAGAAUCAAGAGCCAGGCGUGAUUCCAGCGUUCCUACCGUUUUUUCACAUCUACGGAAUGAACGUACUCAUGCUGCCAAGAUUGCAACUCGGCUCGAAGCUCGUCACGAUGCCGAGAUUCACUCCUGACAUAUUCCUUAACGUAUUGGACCACCACCAGUGCACGCACCUGUUCUGCGUGCCCCCGAUCGUUUUAUUCCUGGGUGCAUCUCCGCUCGUCCAGAAGAAGCACCUCGAGGCGAUGGUGUCGAUAUUCAGUGGGGCUGCGCCGCUCGCGGAGUCGGACGUUGAGAGAGUUUACAAAAAAUUUGGCAUGUCGAACGAGAGUUUGAACUUCCUGCAGGGCUACGGAAUGACGGAAUGUUCGGGGGUGACUUUUUUCGAGUCGUCGAACAGCAAGUACGCGAGCAUCGGCCAGCCGAUAAGCUGCAGCGAGGCGAGGCUCGUGGACCCGUUGACGGGCCAGGACAUUGCAACGCCCGGGCAAACCGGGGAGCUCUGGCUCCGGGGACCGCACAUAAUGAGGGCGUACAGCAACAACCCGGAGGCGACGACCGAGACGGUCGUCGAGGGUUGGCUCAAGACCGGCGACAUCGCGUACUUCGACCAGGAUCACGAUUUCUUCAUCACCGACAGGCUCAAGGAGCUCGUCAAGGUCAAGGGUUUCCAGGUGCCUCCGGCCGAGCUCGAGGCCAUUCUCCGGACCCAUCCGGACGUGGAGGACGCGGCUGUCGUCGGGAUCCCGGACGCGAGGUCGGGGGAGGUUCCGAAGGCUUUCGUCCUGAGGAAAGAGGGCGCGGUUCUCAGCGAGGAGCAAGUCCAGCGAUUCGUAAUUGGCAAGGUGGCCGAGUACAAGGAGCUCAGAGGUGGUGUGACCUUCGUCGAAUCGAUUCCCCGGAACCCUUCGGGCAAGAUUCUCCGCAUGAAGCUCAAGGAAUUGUACGGGAAGUGAGGACGAGCCAGGCUCAUAAAAAUCUGUAAAUUUAUCCUUCGUCGAUUCGGAGCUUCGAUUUCCGCCGGAUCCGUCGAGUCGUCCCGGCUCCUCCAGACGCCAAUUUCCCCGUGUAAAUAUUCAUGCCAAAUAUGAAAAUGUAUUUUUUCCAAAAGCAAGCGAAUCGGGUCGCCCCCGCGUCUUAUUUUCCUCCGCGAAUCGUUUUCUCUCCUAAAUUCUACAAGAGAAAAAGCCACCUUUUCUCUUCCAUAUCGAGACAAUGUUGCCGGAUUUUCUGGAGCGACCAUAAGAUGCACUUGGAACAUAUGCGACCGAGCGUUUCCCCAACCGCUGGCGAGCAACACACAAAGACUUCCCGAGCUUCAGACGAGAAAUGAAAAUGAUAAUAAAAAUAGGAGAUAAAAGAAAAAACGGUAUGAAAGAAGGAAAAGUAAGAAAAACGAAAAAAUAAACAACAAAAACGGAAAGAAAAACGAAGAGAAGAGAAAAACGAUGAUAAAAAGGAGCAUAAACAUCGCGCGGGUGGAUGAGCGAGCGAGACAAGCGUGUGACAAAGUAUGCGUUACAUACGAGAGGGAAAUAGGCAACCCGGGGGCGAAAAGAUGCCAGAAAAAAAGAGUAUGAAGAAGACAAAAAAGUACAGAAACCGAGCGACUGCGGGAUGGGGAGGGGAACAUGAGAAAACGGAACGACGUUUGCCUCCAGGCGAAAUGAGAACACGCCAUGGAUAUGUGCCAGAGAGACAAGAGGAAAAUAUGAAGCUGCUCCCACCAGGAAAAGUGUUAAGAUGAAAUAAAGAAUAAAAUCACUCUAUGAGAAACCGGAAAUAAUCCAAAUAUUUAAGCGUCUUAUUUAGCUGCUGUGAUUUUUGAGUCUGGAUUCCCGAGGUCCAUUCUGAGCCAAAACGGAGCUCAAAAAAUAACUGAGAUCUUAUCUAACUCGAUUUUGUGUUCGACUGUGGGGAGUGCGUUUUGAAAAAUGGCUAUUUUUGCAUUUUUUGACCCUCAAUAAAUGUUUGAUCGUUGA